AUGGCACCUUUUUCAAAGAAAAUUAAUUUAUUUCAUCCUUACUUGUAUAUUUUAAAAAAAAACUAUCUUAAUUUAACAGCAGUGAGUAAGAGCAAUUUAAAGUACUGCCACUAUGAUAAUAAAAAGAGGCAUAUUACAACAUGCAUCGAAAAGAACAAUUUUAAAAAAAGUAGGAAGGCAAAUCUGUUUGAUGAAGAAUUAAAAAAUAUAUUCAAAGAAUAUCCAAUUUUGAAGGUAACUAACAAUGGGUGUAAGAAUGAAGAGCUACUAAUAAUAGUGGAUGAGGAAAGAAGUGAGUGCAAAAAAAUAGGAGAUAUUAUUAAGUUAGACGCUCAUUCGUAUGGCAUAGUUUUACAAAUAAAUAGAAACAGCAUUGUAUUUGGUAAAAUAAAUGAAAAGAGUUUUGAAAUGAGUGAGGAAAAAAAAUUGAAAAAUAAGGAUCAAAAGAAUGGAAAAAAAAAGACGAGUGAACAAAUGUCGGCUAAUGUAGAAGAAAAAAAAAAUGUAUUUUCCCCGUUGGAGUAUUUAAAUUAUAUUUUUUUUAAAAAAAAUAAAAGCGUAAACUCAUAUUUAAACUUAGAAUUAAAUUCUAAUAUAAAUAUAAAUUUGUUUAGUCAAAACAGCAAAGAAAUAUACAGCAAAAGAGCCAUAAAAAAACAAUUAUAUAGUAGCCUUUUCCUUAACGAUAUUUUCAAUAAAAUAAAUUAUGGACAAAAAGUGUGUGUAAUAGGAGGUAAAAAUCAAGGGAAACAAAGUGUGCUAAACUCAAUUAUUUAUGAAAAUUUGUUAGUUAACUUAAUUAAAAAAGAUGAAAAUUUUUUUAUCAUUUGCGCAAAUAGCUGUAAAUCAGAAAUUGUUAACCUUUUUCAAAAUUUGUAUGAACGGUUCAGAAAUACGCACAACUGGUCAUGUGAAAAAAAAAAAAAUUGGUUAUAUAAAAAAGAGGAGGAGGAGGAGGAGGAAAAAAUGGAAGAGAUGGAAAAAUUAUACUCAAAAAAUUAUAUAUACGAAAAUGUAAAAAUCCCAAAUGAUAUAAUAUUAAUAAAUUCAACGGCAAAGGACUCUUCCAAAGUUUCAAUUUACGUUUCCCCUAUUUUGUCCUUAUAUAAUUUAAACGAAUAUAAAAAAAUAUAUAAAAAUGUUAUAUUCGUUUUUUAUAAUGUAACCACAUAUAGUGAAAUUGUUUUAGAAUUGCAAAACGAAAUGAACACUUUAAUAAAAAAUUAUUAUCACAGAAAUGAAAAAAUAAACGAAACCAAAUGGUUGUGCGUUUCUGCACUCCCUUUAUCUAUUUACACCAUCCUUUCGAAAAUUUUCUCGUUUUCCGUGUAUCCCCAUUACGUGGUGGAUGUUGAGGAAAAUGUGCGAGCGGGUCGAGGUAUGGACUGCAAGGGAGCAUCAUCCAGAAGGGUUGCCACAGGCACGACUAUUACGAGUUCUACGGAUACUAAUACCACUGCUAUUAGAACGACCAAUAGUGAUAGCAAAUAUAGCGGCGUUCGAUGCAUCGCCCAUUGUGAGUACUCGUUAGACGCCUUCAUGUACUCGGACAUGUUACAUAUGAAGGAGGAGGAAAGUCCGGAUACCAUAUCAAACAGUGUAACGACUUUGUGUUUUUUUGAUGAAGGUGAAGCGGUGAGUAGGAUAAAAAAUGAUGCAUUGUCAUUAAGUGAAAAUAAUAUAUAUUUAUUAAAAAAUGAUUUAAAUAUUAUCCCAGAAAUAAAUAUUAGUCAUAUAAUAAAAAAUGAGGUAAUUGAAAAAAAUAAAAUCUGGAAAAUUAUUAAAGAUGAAAUAAGACACAUUUUUGAUAAAAGGAAUGAAUUAAUCUCAUUAAUAGAAAAUAAAAAAAUAAUGAAUAUAUAUAUAGAUCAUUGGGAAUAUGAAGAUAUGAUUUAUUAUAAUAAUAUAUACUACAUAUUAGUUUAUAAAAAUUUUGAAAUAUUUAAUUUAAAUUCAUUUGAGCAGUUAGUCUUUUUACGAAAUUUGCUAACAUAUAAUUUCACAAAUGAAGUAAUAUCGAAAAACAGUAUUAACACUUAUUAUAAUCAAUUCUUUGCAUAUUAUUUUCAUCAUAUUAAAUACUUUUCUUUUUUACAAACUGAGUAUUUUAAACAUUUGAAGACCUUUACUCAGGACAAGAAUGCGUCCAUGUUUCUUCACACAUUAGACACAGUUCUGAAGAAUGUCAAACCGGCUUUCAUUUACACCCCCCAGAUGAAGCAGUAA